AUCCCGCCUAUGAACAUCGGAUCCCCAAAGUCAAAUCCCAGCCCGAAAUGCCCCUCAUCAAGAUAAAACGAGCUUCGUCAAAUGGGAUUUGCAAAAGACGGUGAGUGGAAGCCAAGCUGCUACCUACGGUGUGCCCAAGAAGCGGGGCGUUGAUUCUAUUUGCUGUUGCUUAGAAUCCGCAUUGACAGUGUCGAUCAAUACAUCGGGCCGGAAUUAAUGGGAGGGGGUUUAUCACUGGCUGCACUGAUACCAGCCUCGAUAAUGCUUUGAGCCUGAUCAGCCGUUGAAGUCUUGCGUCAUGGGCUUUGGCGUGGGAUGGUUUCUGUAGCCACGUUCGGUGUCGAAGUCAUAUAACUAUGAAGCUCCGCCUCAUGGUGGCUAAACAAGUCAGCUUCUACGCGGCGAUUUCUGAGAUCUGCCAUAGCUACUAUGAUAUCCAGGAACGUUAGUCUCCUCAGCCUCGACGGCGGGGGCGUCCGCGGAUUAUCCUCCCUCUACAUCCUGAAGCACAUAAUGGAAUCCAUCGAUCCCGAAAACACACCAAAGCCAUGCGAGUAUUUUGACUUGAUAGGAGGUUCGGGAUCAGGCGGAUUGAUAGCUAUUAUGCUUGGCCGUCUCGAGAUGGAUAUUGAUCAGUGCAUCAACGCAUACAAAAGGCUCUCGAACCAUGUCUUUUCUCGAAAGCGACUUCUACCGGUCGGAGGAAACUUGCGCCGACAAUCGAAAUAUGACGGUCGCAGAAUUGAGACUGCCAUGAAGGCAAUCCUUCAUGAGCUUGGCUACGAAGAUGACAUACUUUUGAGAGAGCCGGCCUCCUCAUGUAGAGUCUACGUCUGCGUGACCGAUGACGGCUCCAAACGGAAUCUAGCACCCUUGACCAGCUACCCGAGCAAAUACUGCUCCAAUGAGCUCUACAAGUCUGCCAAAGUAUGGCAGGCGGGUAGAGCCUGUUUCUCUACUGCGCCUCUCUUCGAUCCGGUCCCCAUUGGACCAAGCGGACGGCGAUUCUACAACAGCAACACGGACGCCAACAAUCCCGUGCGAGAAGUCUGGAUUGAGGCAAGAGGCAUAUGGCCCUCCGGAUCAUUGGACAGUCAGAUCCGAUGCAUGGUAUCAAUCGGCACCGGGGUUCCUUCCAUCAAACGGUCCGGCAAGGCGAUGUUCGGCUUACUGAAGACAUCCCGGGCUGAUUCAAUUGACACUGAAAUGGACAUGAACAAGUUCCUCCGGGAACAUACCGAACUAGACGAUGAGAAUCGGCUUUUCCGGUUCGACGUACCCAAUGGACUGGCCGAUAUUGGCCUCGACGGCGUGGAUGAGAUCGACACGAUUGUCGAUGCGACUGAGGAGUACCUCGCCAAGGAGCUUGUCUACAAGCAGAUACAGAAAUGCGGGAAUGCUCUGAGUGAAGGUUUAUAGACCAUCAUUUUCUUAUAUCUUGUCUUGUUAUAUAACGGGUGGCAGUCUCUGGAGUUGGAGGAAUUACUCAUUAGCUUUCAUACCAAUUUAAUCCAACAUCCUUGAUUCUAGAUCCG